CAAAUUAAUGUCAGUGUUGAAUCAAAAUGAUUCUCGAUAAGAGGGAUUUAAAUAGAUAAUUAUUAAAUUUUAUGGGAUUCCUCUAAAUAAUGGUGCCUUCAUGAUACAGUGCUAUUAAAUCAUCAACAUGGAGAGUGAUACCAUGGAGUUUACGUUACCACCAGCCCCAAGGGGCCUAUGUUUCGAUCGAAAUGAUUUUGUCAAGACAAACUUUUCUAUCGAUAACUUCUUAGCGGAACAUCAAAAUGUGGCCUCAUUAGAGAUCAUGAGAGAUGAUCUGGGAAUGUACUUGAAAGUGUUAAGAUUGGCCAUGAUUGAACUUAUUAACAAGGACUAUGCGAAUUUCGUAAAUUUAUGUGCCACUCUCAUUGGUUUUGACAAGACAAUAGUCAAAAUCCAAGUGCCAUUGGCUCAAUUGAAUGAAGAAGUAUUGAGUGUGAAGAAGUGUUUAGAUGAUGCUAUGAAAGAGUUGUCAAUGUGGCUAAGCCAGAGGCAUGGACUCCAGAAAAAGAAACAACUCCUUAAAUAUUAUAGUCAGACCAUAAACUGCUUAGCUACCUUAGACAAUAUACUUUACAAUAUAUCAGACAAAAAGAAGGAUGAACAGAUUGUUCUAGCUGACCGGGCAGCAAUGCAGUACAAUCUACUGAAAUAUUCAAUUGCUAAAUGCGAUAGUUUAAUAAAACCUGAACAGAAAAUGCGAUACAAUGAAGUAGGUGAAAAGCUUAUACAAACUCUUAAUGAGUUGCUGUUUCAAUUUUGGAAUGAUCGCAAUGAAGAGAACCUACUGAAGACUUUAAUAACACUUGCCUCUUUAGAUCAUAUUUCAGAAACAGAAAUACUUAUUAGAAAGCAGGCUGUCUCACCACUGUUACAGAAUAUUGUAAAUGAGUCAACACUUCAAAGAAGUAAGGAUGGUCUUCAAGGGAUUUAUGAAAGAAUCUUAAUGUUGUUGGACACAGAAUUAAAACUACUUCUCACAAUAACCGAACAUUCCAAGUUAACAUUUCAACUGAAGAAAUAUAGGUUUUUAGUUAACUGUUUUUGGUGCGAAGUAGAGAGUAGACUUGAGGUAAACUUGUCAUCUAUUUUUGCUCCUGGCAAUCCUCAGAUAUUUUACACAAGGUAUAGUGAGAGUAUGCAGUUUGUAAAGAAAUUAGAGAAAUACUGUUCAGAUGUGGAGACUGUUAAUUUAUUACAUGAAACACCAGAGUAUCGAAGUUUUCAAAGGAGGUGGAAUUUGCCUGUAUAUUUUCAAAUAAGGUUUCAAGAAAUUGCAGGAAGCUAUGAAUCUGUAUUACAGAACAACCCUACAAUACAGAACAAUGACGGUUUCAUUUUAAAAGAAACUUAUGCAUGCUGGAAGGCAAUGCAAAGUUGCUGGAGCAAUGGCAUAUACAUUGAUACUCUUGGCCAUAAGUUUUGGAAACUCACUUUACAAAUACUAUCAAGAUAUGCUCAUUGGACAGCAAGCUAUUGUACACAGAAAACAUCAUCCCAAAAAAUAGAACCAACAACAGUAAAUAGGACUUUAAUUGACAACAGCAUUAAUAUUUAUGUGGACAUACAGACAUUGUUGCAAAGGUUACCUACAUUUUUACAAUUUGUUGAAAUGAAAAUACCAAGCAAAGGUAGUGGACUUCUUAAACUCAGUCUUACGUCAUCCGAAAAUGUAUUGAGAACCAUGAAAGAGAAAAUCAGGCAAUUUAUAGUGAAUGAGAUGUUUGUUUAUUUUAAUGUACAGUUAAAACAAGUAAGUGACAUACCAAGACUGUACAGAAAGACAAAUCGCAGUAUACCUAUUAAACCCUGCACUUAUAUAGAAGUAGUAUCUAAAGCAAUACAUGAGUUCAAUGACGACGCAUCAAAGAGAUUGGAUAAUGCAUUCUUAAUUGAACUGUAUGAAUCAUUAUUUAAUGUUAUGACUAUUUCAUAUUAUAAAUAUGUAGAAGAUGUUCUAACAUCAGUACAGAAAACUGAAGAAUCACUUAGAAGACUUAAGCAAAUACGAGAAAAGACAACACAACACAGUAAUGAAAGCGCAAGUGUAACGGAUGGUGACAAAAUACGGCUGCAGUUGAAUGUUGAUGUUGUAUCAUAUGGGAAGGUGGCCGAGGCCCUGCACGUCAAUGUACAUAAUGAGCACAAAUUCACAGAAUUAUACUCCAUGGUCACAGAAGCUGUAAAAAAUAUAGAUAUUAAAUGAUAUGCCCAGUUGUAUAA